AUGAAACGGCGCUCGGCAUUGGCUCAAAAUGCAGACUGCGAAACUAUAACCCUGGACAGCGACCAGCGAGUAGGUGCCCAUUUGUUGGAACUCAAGUCAGGCAUCAAGCGGUAGGCUCUGGUUACUACAUACUAACACUGGCUCUAAACAGGGCAGCAAGUGUAACCAUAGCUUUACCCACAGUUCUGACCGUAACCUUGAGCCUAACUGCAAUCCUAUUUUGUUAGUCUAAUUCAAGACCUAAUGCAGUACCAUGCACGUGGACGUAAUCGUAGAUCCUGCCCUAAUUGAAAAUCCUGUCUGAAAACCGCGUUUUAUUCCUUUAUCUUAACGCUGACCGUAAUUGAAAUCAGGGCCAGAAACGCAAACCUGAUCACAAGUCAAAGCUUAGUCUAAAGCCCUGUAGUGGCCCUACGCUGGGCGCCUGUUCAACGCUGCGCCUCUCACACGUGCUUACCAGUGGCAGUAGUCUGGCUCCUGGCCAAUCACGGUUGUGCACAUCGGCCAAUCAUCUUCACGACUGACUCAGACGGGCUCUCACUCAAGGCGCUGUGACACGCUGCCCAGCGCCACUCGGGACUUCGCUCUCACGGUGCCGAGCCUGCUCUACCCCUUCCGCCUACCAACUUAUUUCAACCGGUUCUCUAAGUGUUUCUGUACAGAAUGCAGCAUCUUCUCAGCGAAGGACCUGAUGGUCGUAGUCAGUUAGGUCCUCACAGACUUAUAGCUGCCGCCGCGGCACGAUUGCCAGUCAAACUCCAACACGAUCUCCGCGGAAAUACUGACCCCUAUGCAACCUGAAGAUUCCCUGAGCAUUUGCAAAGAAGAUGCCAUGCACAUUUGGCAGGGGUCAUAUGGCGUUGUGGACAGGAGAACGUGCGAUAAGACCGUGUGCUCUGCAGCAGCAGCAGCAGCAGCAGCAUGUAGAAUUCAGAAUUUGUAUAAAGAGACGAGUAAACUAGCCACGCCUACUUACUUCCACGAUGUUUAGUCACAUUAACCAGUAAUAGAAAGGAAAGUGAAGUACGUAGGUAAAUCGCGUUGAAUCUUUCUAUCCAGACUGCCAGUCUGUUCUGAGAAUGAGAGGCAUUCUGGGUGAAAUAUGGAUCCGCUGGCGGUCAUGUUGUCGUCGUAGUCGGCAGCAUUCAUGCAUAGUACUCACCUUCCUCCUCCUCCUCCUCCUCCUCCUCCUCCUACCCUUCUCUGGUCACUUUCAGGCUAACUAGCAUAAUAGUCUGCUCGGUGGAUACCGUUGGGAUGGGCCAAGAGCACUAGGUGACACAUCGUUUUCAUACCGCUGCCAGUGAUCCUUGUAGCGAGGAGGACUGACCCAUUCAUCACAAUGGCUCAACAGUCCUUGCUACUUGUCGACAAACGAUGCAACAGUCAACGACGCUAUCUCAUCGAAGAAGAUAGACAUUUGUACCGCAAAGCUUUGGAAUGGAGGCGUUCUUCAGUGCAAGCCAGAAUCGUUAGAACCUUCAGAAAGCGAUUCAAUCCUCACUUCUACCAACUAGACUACGUAGAUAUUCGCAAUGAUAGAGAGUGAGUAGAUAUUCAAGAAGAGAGCACGUAGUAAAUGGGUCAGUUAAUGAUUUAUUGUCGGAAUUCACAGACAUUGGUCAUACAUAUUUACCAACCCCAACCCCAGCCGCAGCCAUGAUGGUGGUGGCAACAGUGGUGGUGAUGGUGGCAGCAGCGACGCCAACAACAUCCGUGGUGGUGAUGACAGCCACAGCCACCCCACCAACCGCCGCCGCAGGCUGGAGACACUGCACCCUCGUCCUCCGCCUUCGCACUCACCUCCCCCUCUGGUUCCUCCUCGUCCUUCCUAA